AUGGGAGCCCGUGCCAGCAGCGAGGCGGCCGCCGUGGCGCACGUCCCCGAGGCCGACGCCGCCGGCGAGCGGCUGCGCGAGCAAAAGCGAUUGCUGGAGGAGAAGCGGCGACGCUACGCCCGCCUGUCCUCCGAGGCGGUGCGGCGAAAGCGGGAGGGGGGGAAGAACGUGAUUGAGGAGGUGUACGAGGAGGACUUUCACACCAUCGACCGUGUGCAGGCGAUGCGGUUUCCGCCCAUGGUGAUGAAGGAGCUGCAGGACGCUGUCGACGUUGAGGCGGAGCGACGGUGUGCCGAGGUGGAAAAGACGAUGGCGCGCUGCCUGCAGGACAAGAUGUGGACGACUUGGAAGUGCCAGAAGGAGCGGGACAGGUACAUCCAGUGCACUGCGGAGAAGAGGAAGGACAACGACCUUCUCAUGGCCUACCGCUGGAAGUACAACCUAGGGACGCUGCAUGGGGAGAUUAUCGGCCGCAACAACAUGAUGCGGCGCAUCUGGAGCGAACACUUUCCAGACCGCGAGCUGCCGCAUCCCUGGGUGAGGGGCCAGUGA